GUGACACUCAUAAUUUCUUCUAUUGAGAGAUUCUUUGUGGAAUUCAAUAGUUUGUUUUGGGUUAGGCCUCUCUCUCUCUCCCCUCUCUAAAAAGCUCUCUCCUUCUCUCUAAAAUUCUCUCUCUACUGUAAUUCUUCUAGCUCAAUAGUCUCUCAUCCGCAUCAAACAAUGGAUUAUACAAUGUUGGUGCCUCCAUGGCUAGAGAAGCUCUUGGGCGCGACUUUUUUUGACAUGUGUCGAGUUCACAGCGCUGCUGCUCGAAGCGAAUGCAAUAUGUUCUGUUUGGAUUGCAAUGUGAAUGCUUUUUGUAUUUACUGUCGUUCAUCUAAACACAAAGAUCAUCAAGUUAUUCAGAUAAGGAGAUCGUCAUAUCAUGAUGUGGUGAGGGUAUCGGAGGUUCAGAGGGUUUUGGACAUAAGCGAUGUGCAAACGUAUGUGAUAAAUAGCGCAAGGGUUUUGUUCUUGAACGAGAGGCCUCAACCGAAAGGUGGGAAAGCCGUUUCGCAUUUGUGUGUGAUUUGCGGGAGGAGCCUCUUGGACACGUUUCGUUUUUGUUCUUUAGGAUGCAAGCUUAUUGGAAUAAAGAGCAAUGGCGAUGCAAGCUUUUGCUUAGAUGCAAAUAGUUAUGAGGCAUUAAAUCAAAGAGGGGAUCAAGGGAUUUCAAGAAGAUUAUUGAACAAUAUGUCAUCAUCAUCAAGAGAAGAUGAAGAUUUUGGUGAGGGCUCACAAGAUAAUAUGUACCCUACCACACCAUCUCCACCUCUUAGUGCAAGAAGAAGAAAAGGCAUCCCUCAAAGGGCACCAUUUGGUUCUUAAAAUAUAUAUAUAUAUAUUCUUUGAACUUAUACAAUUUUAUUUCAUGUAACUUCUUUAUUUGGGAUCUCUAAUUGGCCCUUUUCAUGGAAAGAAAAAGAAAGCAGUAUAUAGGUAAAGUUUUUUAUUUUUUCUCUUUUCCAUUUACAUUGUAAAAAAUAAAUGAGAAUGAAUUUUUAUUUAUGUAUUUACUUUUGUCAUUUAUUGAAAGAAUGUAUUAAUAUUGAAUAUUAAA